AUGCGCGUGAAUGUUUUCAGUCCUUGGUCAACAUUGUGCAAUUUAUCUUACAUUUUAACACGUUAUCGAUACGAUUCUCACUAAAAAACAACACUGUAAGUGUGUCACAAUAACUUGAACAAUACUGUGAGCAGUUUUGAUUAAUAUCUUCAAAAUGCGGUUGGUAGACGGAUCAAAACUUUUAGAACUUCAAAACAACCCUGUGAAUAUUCGAAAUAUUUGCAUCGUGGCGCACGUGGAUCAUGGUAAAACGACUUUGGCGGACUCCUUGAUAUCCAGCAAUGGUAUCAUAUCGCAGAGAAUGUCCGGGAAGCUGCGUUACAUGGACAGCCGGCCUGAUGAACAGGAACGCGGUAUAACCAUGAAAAGUAGUAGUAUAGCUUUGUAUCACGCCGUGCAGAAGCAAGAAUACCUUGUGAACCUUAUAGAUUCACCUGGACACGUCGAUUUCUCUAGUGAAGUGUCUACAGCUGUGAGACUUUGCGAUGGAGCUAUUGUUGUUGUGGACGUAGUAGAAGGUGUAUGCCCACAAACAAGACUAGCACUAAAGCAAGCAUACUCAGAAAACAUCCAAGCUGUGCUAGUGCUGAACAAAAUUGACCGACUCAUAUUGGAAAUGCAGAUGACACCGCUAGAUGCAUAUGUGCAUCUCGCUCAGGUCAUGGAACAGGUUAAUGCGGUUAUGGGGGAACUGUUUGCCAGUAAAGUGUUGGGUAAUGAGGAAACCAAGAUUGAUAAGCAGGAAACGAAAGAAAAACCUAAGGAAGACAAUAAUUUUUACGAUUGGACCUCCGCUUUAGAGGAUGCAGAUGAUUCUAAUCUGUACUUUUCUCCAGAACAAGGGAAUGUUGUGUUUGCGAGUGCUAUAGAUGGUUGGGGCUUCACAGUCCAUACAUUUGCUAGACUUUUCUCUGAGAAACUUGGUGUGAAAGAAGAUAUACUCAGAAAAGUAUUGUGGGGGGAUUUCUAUUUGAAUUCUAAAACGAAACGCUUUAUGAAAGGAGCUCAAGAAAAGGCGAAGAAACCGCUCUUUGUCCAACUGGUGCUAGAUAACUUAUGGAACGUUUAUGAAACUAUUGCCAUGAGAAACGAAAAAGAAAAAGUACCCAUUAUCUGUGAGAAACUUGGUAUCAAACUUACCACAAGAGACCUAAGACAUACAGACAGCAGAAUUCAAUUGCAGUCACUAAUGAUGCAGUGGCUGCCUUUGUCACAAACUGUGUUAAACAUGGUUUGCACAAAACUGCCAUCACCUAAAGAAAUCGGUCUGGAGAAAGUUGAAAAACUUAUGUGCACAAAAAUCUGUGACUUCGAGUCUUUGCAUCCACAAACGCAAGAACUAAGAAACGAUUUCCUAGCAUGUGAUAGUAGCUCAGAAAGGCCUGUUAUAGUGUAUAUUUCUAAAAUGUUUAGCAUAGACAAAAGUGUGCUUCCGGAAAACAAGCCAAAGGCUUUGACUGCUGAAGAGAUGGCCUUAAGGAGAGAAAGAGCCAGACAGAUGAGAGAGCAGAUGAAAUUGAAUGAAGUUAAUUCACAAGCUAUACCCAUGACAGAAGAAAAUAAAGAUGAAAAUACUCAGGAAAACAGUAAUGAUGCAGAUAAAGAAGUCGAUCAGCCUGCAUUUAUUGCAUUCGCUAGAGUAUUUAGCGGUACAUUAAGAAAAGGAGAUAAAGUGUAUGUUUUAGGACCAAAACAUGACCCGUCAAGAAUACUUAAUAUAAAAGACUUUGAAGUAGAUCCUAAUAAGAAGUUAAAAGACUUAAAGAGUGAUGAACAUAUCACAUGCGCAGAAAUUAAAUCUUUAUACAUUUUGAUGGGAAGAGAAUUAGAAGAAAUUGAUGAGGCAGUUGCUGGCAACAUUAUAGGAAUCGGUGGUUUAGAAGAACACGUCCUUAAGACCGCCACGCUAAGCACCACAAUCGCUUGUCCGGCGUUCAGCGAGCUUCAAUCCGCCGCCGUUCCUAUACUAAGGGUGGCCUUGGAACCGGCGAACCCUUCGCAGUUGCCGCAGUUGGUUAAAGGGUUAAAAUUGCUGAACCAGUCAGACUCGUGCGUCCAAGUUUUACUGCAGGAGACUGGAGAACACGUAAUAGUGACGGCUGGGGAAGUGCAUCUGGAGAGGUGUUUGGAAGAUUUGAAAAAUAACUAUGCGAAAAUACCAAUAACAGUAUCAGAACCCAUCGUUCCAUUCAGAGAAACUAUUAUCGAACCCCCCAAAAUAGACAUGGCCAACGAAGAAAUAGACUCCCAAAACAUAGACAAAGGAAAUGAUACGGAAGUAGAUCCGGUUAUUACUGUGCUGACUAAUAACAAACAAAGUAGGAUAAAAAUAAGGGCCAGAGCACUACCUAACGAAAUAACAGCCCUUCUAGACAAAUCCACAGAUUUACUGAAAGCCGUAUCACAGCAUAUCAAAUCAUUGCACGGUUCAUCAAAGAACGAAAACAUCGAAAGUAAACUAGAUAACUUAAAUAUAAAUGGCACCCAUGAGCUCUCAGAUCGCAUGUUAAAACUAAUAGGAACAUUUAUAGAAGAACUGAAAAAUAUUAGCUCUAAAUUGGGACCAGAAUGGAGUAACGUUGCUGAGCAAAUUUGGUCUGUAGGUCCUAGGAAUUGCGGGCCAAAUCUGCUGCUCAAUCAGACACCGGAUUACGAUACAAAGUUCUUGUAUCAUAAGAACGAGUUGAAAGAAGAUCCGAGGUUCGAGUAUGAGAGCAGUUUUGUGAAUGGGUUCCAGCUGGCAAGUUUGGCUGGUCCAUUGUGUGAGGAGCCUAUGAUGGGGGUCGCUUUCUGUGUUGAAGAAUGGAGCUUGGACAAAAGUGGGGGGGAUGAUGUUGGACAUACUUUUGGACCACUUUCAGGUCAAAUCAUGUCAGCGGUGAAAGAUGGAUGCAGAAAGGCGUUCCAAGUGCAACCUCAACGUUUGAUGGCCGCCAUGUACUCCUGCGAUAUUGUCGUCGACCAGAAAGUAUUAGGAAAACUUUACGCGGCGUUGGGCCGCCGCGGCGGGCGCGUCGUAGGCAGCGACCUGCAGACCGGCUCUGCAUCUUUCCGCGUCCAAGCCCUGAUGCCCGUGGCCGAGAGCUUCAAGUUCGCGAUGGAGCUCAGGACGCACACCUCGGGCCUGGCGGCGCCACAACUGCUGUUCAGCCAUUGGGAGGUGAUAGAAAUCGAUCCUUUCUGGCGUCCCCGCACCGAGGAAGAGUACCUGCAGUGGGGGGAGAAGUGGGACGGCGUGAACCGCGCCAAGACGUACAUGGACGCCGUGCGCGCGCGCAAGGGGCUCGCCACCGACAGGCAUCUAGUGCAGCACGCCGAGAAGCAGAGGACGCUGUCCAAGAAAAAAUAAAACUAACCU